AUGGUGGGAUUUAAAGCACUCUGUUUUGGAUUGUUUUGUAUUCUCUUUGCCUCUCAUAUUUAUACACCCGUCCCAGACAACGUCGAAGAAAGCUGGAAAGUAAUGGCCUUGGAUGCAACUGCUAAAACUUGUGUAUUUACGGCUUUGUUUCUUGAAAAGAUAGGCAUUAUGAGAUUUGAAGAAUUUCUUUCCAUGGUAUUCAUGCUGGAUUAUACUCAACCAGUUUCAGAUGAAUACAUCACAGUGACUGAUAACACAUUUAUUGACGUUCCAGUACGCUUGUACUUGCCUAAGCGGAAGUCAGAAACCCCAAGGCGAGCUGUAAUUUACAUUCAUGGCGGUGGUUUUUGUUGUGGAAGUUUCAAGCAGACGGCUUAUGAUUUCCUGAACAGAUGGACGGCAAACAGGCUCGAUGCUGUCGUCGUGGCGGUGGACUACAGAUUAACUUCUCAAUACCACUUUCCUGUCCAGCUUGAAGAUGGCAUCACUGCAGUCAAGUUUUUUCUUCAGGAUAAAAUUCUUAGAAAAUAUGGAGUGGAUCCCAACCGAAUCUGUAUUUCAGGAGACAGUUCUGGAGGUACUUUAACAGCAGCAAUAACUCAAGAGAUGCAGAAUGAUCCUGAAAUAAAACAUAAAAUCAAGAUACAAGCUUUACUUUACCCCGCCUUACAAGUAGCUGAUUCUAAUUUGCCAUCUCACCUAGACAAUGAGCAUGGCAUACUUCUGACACGGGACAUAGCCAUAAAACUCGUGAGUCUAUAUUUCACCAAGGAUGAAGCACUUCCCCAGGCAAUGAGACAAAACCAACAUAUGCCUCUGGAGUCCAGGCAUCUGUUCAAGCUUGUUAACUGGAGCACGUUACUUCCCGAGAAGUACAGAAAGGGCCACAUUUAUACCGAACCAAUUCUUGGCAGACCUAAUUAUUUGCUACCAGGGCUUCUGGAUAAGAGAGCAUUACCCUUGUUGGCUAAUGACUCGCAGUUACAGAAUUUGCCAUUAACUUAUAUUCUUACCUGUCAAUAUGACGUCUUAAGGGAUGAUGGACUUAUGUAUGUCACACGACUUCGAAAUGUUGGCGUUCAAGUUGCUCAUGACCACGUAGAGGAUGGAAUCCAUGGAGCUUUAUCAUACAUGUCCUCACCAUUUCAUUUACGUCUAGGUCUUAGGAUAAGAGAUAUGUAUAUUAGUUGGCUGGAUGAGAAUUUAUAA